AUGGAAGCAUACUUGAGCGACAUAGAGGUGCGUAAGGUUGAGGACACGCCAGAAAUGCUUUCGUACAGAAUAAACAACAUCGACCCGUCGGUGCUAAACGCAAUCCGCCGCACAAUUAUUUCGGACACGCCGACAGUCGCCAUCCACUGGGUGUGCAUUAAGGAGAACGAAACUGUAAUGGCAGACGAAAUACUGGCACACCGAAUUGGGCUGAUUCCUGUCACAGCAAGCCCACACAUUCUCAAGCCGGUUGAGAAAAAAGAGGACUUUAGCCCGAUUUCUGACUUGACAACGGAGGACUCCAUCUGCAUGGACUUAGUUGUCAGCAACACAACAAACAAGAUACUCCCCGUGUACUCUGACAGCAUAAAAGUGCAGGGCGCUGCAAAUGUCAGUGUAAAGAAGCGCGUGCUUAUAACCAGGCUGGCGCCAAACAAAAAAAUAGAGUGCAAGCUUUUUGCAAUACUGGGGACCGGCAGAGAGCACUCUAAGUGGAUGCCCACGUCGGCAUGCUACUACAGAUGCAUUAAGAAAAUACAUGUGAAAGACGCCAGCAAAGCGCACGAAAUGAAAAAGUAUUUUAGAGACGGGUUCUUACUGGGGGAAGACGGCCCUAAAAUCGACGAAGACAGGGUUCUUGUAAACACAGAUGUGCAGAAAAAGUACCCAGAUGCAAUUAGCAUCUCCACGCAGGAAAACUCGUUUUUGUUCGAAAUAGAGACAAUCACAGAAUCUCCAGUAGAUAUUAUAGCGCGGGGUCUUGGCGUGCUCCAGAGCAAGCUAAAGGCGCUGCAAGCGGCUGCACAGCCCCAAUAG